GCUGGUGUGGAGGACGGUAACGACCAUGAGUUCCGGUGCGUUGGCAAAACCCCAGAUGCAGGGCCUCCUGGCCAGGCGCCUGCGGAUUCAUAUUGUUGGAGCAUUUGCUGUCUCCCUGGGGGUUGCAGCUCUCUAUAAGUUUGGUGUGGCUGGACCAAGAAAGAAGGCAUAUGCUGAUUUCUAUAGAAAUUAUGAUUCCAUGAAAGAUUUUGAAGAAAUGAGGAAGGCUGGUACCUUUCAGAGUGCAAAGUGAUACAGGAAUAAAAAGGUUUCUUUGGA